AUGGGAAGAAAUAAUGUGGUUUCAUGGAAUCUCAGUUUCUUGGUUUUGGGGCUCUUUAGCCACGUACUGGUCGAAGCUAGCAGAGAAGGGAGGUUCACGAGUGGUGAGAGAUAUGGUUUGGGUAAUGGGGUACGCAGUAGGUUUAGUGAAGAGGCUGGCCAUCUAGGGCUUACAGCUGGUGGUUACGACGGAGGAUACGGCGGUUGGAGUGGCUCUGGUGGAGGGUAUGGCAAUGGUAAUGGUGGUGGUGGUUAUGGCUCGGGCAUUGGUGGUAGCGGUGGAGGGGUUGGUAAAGGAGGGGGCUCGGGUGAUGGCAGCGGUACUGCGGGCCAAGGUGGUGGGUAUGGUUCAGGUGGUGGUAAUGGUGGCAAUGGUGGUGGUUUUGGUGGUGGAUGGGGCAAUGGUGGGUCUGGUUCGGGAGGGGGAGGAGGUGGUGGCUUUGGGUUUGGGAAUGGGGGCGGUAAUGGUGGCGGAGGUAAAUAUGGCUCAGGCUAUGGUGGGGGAUCCUACAAUCCUCCUGGAACAAACUAA